AACAAAAAAAGUGGAGACUCAUGAGUCAUGAGCGUAAAAACAUGGGAGAGAAAGUGUGUGAAAGGUUGGUAAACCGUUUGGUUAUAAACGCAGAAGCAACCUUCUGUUUCUGUAUCGUUAUAACAGACGCUUUCCUUCUCUCUUCUCUCUUGUGAAUUCUGAUCCUUCUACAACUCAAUCGAUAGUACUAAUUAAGAGCUCCACGUUCUACACAAGUACACAGCCCACGCUGGGCGGGGUCGCUCUGGGGUCCCCACCACCUUCCAACGCCAACCAGAUGGACAGUCUUUGUUUGAAGGCGGCACCUCCGAUCGCGGUGGCCGGCGGCGCUGCGUUGGAUGUCCGUGCCUCGCACGUUAAUGCUUCAUCCGUUGGGCGGUCUUGUGCGGGGGUUUCAGUGGAGAACCCGUCACUGUCGAUUAUUUCCCCUCGGCGGUUGUCUUUCCGUAAAUCUCGGUGGUCCGGUGGGAGAAGGCGGCGGUACGGUGCCAGUGCCGGUGACGACGUCGUUUUGAUCGACGAAAACGAGGAGGAGGAGAAGAAUGCCGAGAAACGGGCGGCGGAGGAACAGAAUGAUAAUUGGGUUAUGAAGAUACUCCGCGUGCGGUCUCUGCGCAAUGGAGGCCACAAAAGCUGUGGACUUAGGAACUCCGAGGCUGCGAAAAUGAGUGUUCCAGACGACAGCGGAUGCAGUGAUGCCGAUGAAGAGUCCGAUGUAUGUGCCGUUGAUGACGACGACGACAAAAUAGACUUCGACAGGGAUUCAUUCUCGAAGCUGCUAUGCCGUGUUUCAUUAAAAGAAGCUAAAUUGUAUCGGCAGAUGUCUUAUUUGGGAAAUUUAGCCUAUUCCAUACCCCAAAUCAAGCCAAGAAAUCUUUUAAGAUUUCAUGGAUUGCGGUUUGUGACUUCAUCUUUAGAGAAGAAAGAAAUAUUGGGUGAAGGGCAAAUGAAAAAAGGGAAUGAAGUUGCUGAAGCUAAGGAAGGAGAUGUGAAAGAAUUUGAGGGGGAUAGGACAAAUGGGAUUGGUAUAAGUGCAUCUGUUGCUUACCAUAUAGCUGCCUCUGCAGCUUCGUAUUUGCUUUCUCAUACAAAGAGCAUUCUACCGUUUAGUUCUCGUUUUCCUCUGGUAGGGGUGAAGGGAGGUACACCAAGGAGAAGGAUUGGAAGAGAUGACGAUGUAGAUUUGAGGAAUGGGGAAGUUGCUUCGCUAAUGGCCACGACUGACUCGGUGACAGCAGUAGUUGCUGCAAAGGAAGAAGUAAAGCAGGCCGUUGCUGAUGAUCUGAACUCAACACGGUUGUCGCCAUGUGAAUGGUUUGUUUGCGAUGAUGAUCAAAGUGCAACGAGAUUUUUUGUCAUUCAGGGGUCCGAGUCAUUAGCAUCUUGGCAAGCUAAUCUUCUUUUCGAACCAACUGAGUUUGAGGGCAUGGAUGUGCUUGUGCACAGAGGUAUAUAUGAGGCUGCAAAAGGCAUGUAUGAGCAGAUGUUGCCAGAAGUUCUAGCGCACCUUAAAUCCUACGGUGAUCGUGCCUUGUUUCGUUUCACUGGACAUUCCCUCGGAGGAAGCUUAUCUUUACUUGUAAACCUCAUGUUACUAACAAGAGGAGAAGCUCCACCUUCUUCUUUACUACCCGUUAUAACUUUUGGUUCACCAACAAUCAUGUGUGGAGGAGACCGCCUCCUCCAGAAGCUUGGAUUGCCUCGAAGCCAUGUCAAGUCAAUCACAUUGCACCGAGAUAUUGUACCCCGAGCCUUCUCUUGCAGUUAUCCCAAUCACGUGGCAGAAUUUCUCAAAGCUGUGAAUGGAAGCUUCCGUAACCAUCCAUGUCUAAAUAACCAGAAGCUGUUAUAUGCUCAUAUGGGAGACCUCCUGAUUCUGCAGCCCCCUAAUAAGUUUUCUCCAAGCCAUGACUUGCUUCCUCCCGGGCCUGGACUAUAUUUAUUAAGUCCCCCCGUGACAGAUGAUGAUGCAGAGAAACAAAUCCUAGCUGCAAAGACCGCGUUCCUAAACUCUCCACAUCCACUCGAGAUCCUGAGCGACCGCUCAGCAUAUGGUUCGGGAGGAACCAUACAAAGAGACCACGACAUGCAAUCAUACUUGAAAUCUGUCCGAACCAUCAUUUAUGAAGAGAUCAGAAAAUCAAAGAGAGAGCAGCCCCGCAGAUCAUGGUGGCCGCUGAUAGUGAUUCCCGGAGUUAAUAAUGGUGACAUUUUUGUCGGGAGAUUGGUACGCCCUCGCCCUGGCCAACUCACUUUUGCUGGAAUGUUUCGAAGUGGGAAAGAGUCUCUGAAGCGAUUUACAGUCGUUGCAGCCCAGCACAUGCAUUUGUUUCUCAUGUUCUUGCUCCCUGCACCGCUCUUGAUACUCAGAGCAUUCAAUGUGAUUAUGUUUCGUUGAUUGAAGCUAGCAGACAAGCAUGCUGCUGUGCUGUGAUCUAGAAAUGGUAUGGUUAGAUGAUUCUUUAUUCAUUUGAUUGCAGAAGAAUCUUAUGUCCCCUGGUGUUUAGACUUUAGAAUAGUAGGGGAAUUGCAGAUAGAUAAUUAUAGAUUUAGGCAAUAGAUGAAAGAUUAGAUUAAAGGGGGAAGAAAAAAACAGAACAUGUAAUGUAAUGUAGAGUAGUAUUAGAUCAUAUGACAAAUAUAAUGCUCCAUUUAAGAUUAUUUUAGAAACAAAAUGUACAUGAGUACAUCUCUUCAGCUAGUCGUAUAGGGUUUAUUAUAUUACACAA